CCUUAAGCUACUGUGUUGACUGUAAUGAACGUACUGCGUGCCGUCGCUCAGUUGAAUGUGUUAUUGUUGUAGGCUAUAAACCAGCCUCGGGCUGUUAUGAUUGCAGACUUCCCUAUCCUCAGUCCAGAUGACACCUAUCUUUGUGUACGGUACGUUGAAGAAGGGUCAACCCAACUACUUCAGAAUGCUGGACAAGUCUAACGGGGCAGCGGAAUUUGUUGCAAAUGCUCACACCUUGGAGAGGUACCCUCUGGUGAUCGCUGGAGAACACAACAUCCCAUUCCUCCUCAAUAUUCCUGGAGAGGGCCAGCGGGUGAAAGGAGAAGUCUACAAUGUUGACCCUCAAAUGCUUGAGUUUCUGGACAGGUUUGAGGGCUGCCCAACCAUGUACCAGAGGACCCCAGUAAAGCUUGAGGUGGACGAGUGGGUCGGACAGGGAGAGAAGAGCCUUUCUGGAGGAAGCACCAUUGAGGCAUUUGUCUACAGCACUACCGCCUACCAACCAGACUGGCCCAAACUGCCCAACUAUGAGAGCUUUGAUGCCUAUGGGGAUCAUGGACUUGUCUAUGUAGACAGGGAGGCCAGAUAACUGUUAGAAAAGUUAAAGAUGUAACUGUUAUCCUGUAUAAGAAUAAUUCUGUGUUCAUUAUUCCUUGUGUGCAAAGAGAGGCCUAUCCCCAAAUCUGAACUCUCGGGG